UUCUUUUGCCACCCAAUCAGCCUCUUGAAGACUGAGUGCAUGUAUGUGCGUGCGAGCCAAAGAAUGUACGCAAGAAUUAUACCGGUGACUCCAGUGACCCCGUGUGUGCAUCCUGUGCCUGGAGGAAACAUUCCCCAAUCCAGCGGCAGCUCAUCAACGAGGAGUAGGAUUGGCCAGGAGAACCAGGACAUCCUCUCAAAGGAUGCUUGUCCCAGCGAUAAGAAGAUGGAUGCCGACGAGGAGGUGGAGGACGAGAGCUCCUGCCGAGGGAUGCAUGUCAUGUGCCGGACAGCCCACCAGCAAAUGUCAGCGAACAUCAUGAAGAAGACCAAAGAAGUGUGGGAAAGACGCCAAAAUAGGCGCUAGGAGAGGAUCCCGUUCCGACCAACCAGGAUCCUACACGAGUCACAAAAUUAUC